UUGAGAUUACCUGAAAGUAAUACGGUGGCUGUCGCAUUUCCAAUCAAUAAAUUAUGCGAUAAUUUGAGAAUUGAAAUCGCUGCUGCUGGAUGGACUGAGGCUUUGAAUUUUGCACUUUGUAGUCGAGAUGAUAUUUCGGCGAAAUUGAGACAACCAAAAGCUUUGGAACAAGCGGUUCAGGGUAAAUUGCAUUUUAACCCCCCACCAUAAGAAAUACAUGCCCCCACCGGCAUGACGUGUUUUGAUACCCCACCAUAAAGCGUUACAAAACCCCUCAUUCAAAAAUGUUCAAAACAUUUCCGAAAUUUUUUUCAAAUUAAAUAAAAAUGUGUUUACGUGUACUAAUUUUUAAAUAAAAAAAGAGAAUUCUGAAAAAAAAGAACGUGCCCUGAAUAACGUGUUCUAGAUGACGUGUUCGAGAAAGCCAAAAAAAAUGUUCUGUUCAUAUCACUCAUUUAUUUUUCCAAUCGAAAUAGAAAACGGUUGUUUUCUAAUCUAUUUUUUCUAUCUAAUGUCUAUUCUAUCCAAAAACCAGAGAGAACUGGCAGGAUUUUUGAAGAAAGCUGAAUGAAGCGGUUAGCAAGGUGUGGUUUUAUCAAAGGGUACUUAGGCAGUAAAUGAAAAUGAGGUUCUGAUCUUACUUGUGGGUGGGGGACUAAUUUACACCGUAUAACUGUUGACACGAGUACGAAAGUGGGGGCUUCAUCUACAUUAGUGGGGACCUGAUCUACAUAGGUGGGGGGCUGAUCCACACCAGGGAUGAUUGAUCGAAUCUGGUGGGGACUUGAUCUACAUAGGUGGGGGGCUGAUCUACAUUGGUGGGGGGCUGAUCUACAUUGGUGGUCGGCUGAUCUACUGGUCUUGGUGGGGUUUCGAAUAGCGUCACACCAAAGGGGCCAUCAAAAGCUCUUAUUGGGGGCUUCAAAUACACGUUUGCCUGCAAAACGUGGAAUCAGCCCCCACUCACAUUACAACUGAAGCAUCAUGACUCCCCACAUAACUUCUUUUAUGUCCCCACCACUUUGAAAACCCCCCAACCUUUUUCAAGUCCCCAAUGCUGUAUGUACCCCCACCUACUAUCGGUGGGGACAUGGGUGGGUCUUUCAAACUAGUGUUGGGGCCCUGAAUGUAGGUGGGGGCUCCAAACGCGUUUUUGCCAGCGGUUCAUAUUGGAAAUCCAAAGACUUUGGGAAUUCCAGGUAAGGGUUUUUGGGCAAAUACCGAAUGGGUUCGCAAAAUGCCUCCGAAGGCAUUUUCGAAUGCCUCCGCAAAAUGCCUUCGCGGUACCAAAUCGAAAAAGCCUCCGCGAAUUCAAAAUGACUCCGUGGUUCAUAUUCCAAAAAUGUGGAAAUGCCUCCGGGGUUUCAAAAUGACUUCGCGCCACCGAAUCAAAAUGCCUCCGCAAAUUCUAAAUGACUUCGCGGUGAAUAUUUGGGGACUGUCAAAAUGGGUCCGCGAAACAAGGCCUUUCAACACGUUUUGAGCUACAAAUUUCAAUUGUUAUUUUCCAGAUUUUUUUUCUAAGUCUUAAAAAAGGAGAAAUUUUUUUCAAUAUUUUGAUUGUUCAAGUUCCAACUUUCGGCCUAGGCUUAGUUAACGUAUUUAAAUGUGGUUUUGAAUGUUUCCUGCAACUUUCUGGGCGUUUAACUAAGCCUAAGCCUAAUAUCCGAACUUGUAUAACCAAACUAUCGUCUAAGUUUCUAGGCUCAGGUUUAGUGAACGCCUUGAAAAUGAUAAUUCUCAUUGAAAAUCAACUUUUUGGCCAAAAAUGUGUUGAAAAGUACACCUUGUUCGCGAAGUCAUUUUGACAUUCUUGAAAGUUUUACCGCGGAGUCAUUUUGAUUUGAUAGCGCGGAGUCAUUUUGAAGCCCCGGAGGCAUUUCGACAUUUUUGAAAUAUCGAGCGCGGAGUCAUUUGGAAUUCGCGGAGGCUUUUUGAUUUGGUAGCGCGAAGGCAUUUUGCGGAGGCAUUCGAAAAUGCCUCUUUGGGGAGAGUUAAAAAUUGUGAAAUUUUUUCCUAAAAAUUUCGAUUUUCUGUGCUUUUCCUAGCAUUAGAAAUUCGAAUUUUCUAAUAAAAUUCUUUCUGCGUUUUGCGUAACGCCUUUAGUCUAUCCUUCUGCGUUUUGCGUAACGCCUUUAGUCUAUCUUUCUGCGUUUUGCGUAACGCCUUUAGUCUAUCUUUCUGCGUUUUGCGUAACGCCUUUAGUCUAUCCUUCUGCGUUUUGCGUAACGCCUUUAGUCUAUCUUUCUGCGUUUUGCGUAACGCCUUUAGUCUAUCUUUCUGCGUUUUGCGUAACGCCUUUAGUCUAUCCUUCUGCGUUUUGCGUAACGCCUUUAGUCUAUCCUUCUGCGUUUUGCGUAACGCCUUUAGUCUAUCCUUCUGCGUUUUGCGUAACGCCUUUAGUCUAUCUUUCUGCGUUUUGCGUAACGCCUUUAGUCUAUCUUUCUGCGUUUUACCCUUGGAAAUGCGCGAUCAAAAAAUUAUUGAUGAUUAUUAUUUAACGUUUUUCUGAAACGUAAAAAAUCAGGGUUUUUUGUUGCGUGACCCAUAAAAAAUCCCGCUAUUUAAAGCCAAAAAUCAUCAAAUCUGGUCAUUUUAGAUUUCAUCUGAGCCACCUUCGGUUCCAGAAUCCAAAUCAAAAGAACAAGAAGAGCCGCACAAAGAGCACAGUGGAACAAAAAUCAAAGAGAAAAUAUCGGAUUUGAGUGUGAAGACACCAACAGCGGUGACUGCGACCAAUUCGAAAACAUCGACAACGACUGAGAGUACGAUUACUCUGGAUGUUAAACAGGAUGCGUUUGGAACACUUGAUGUAAGAUUCGGUUGAAAAUUGAAGCUCAAAAAGAAUAUAUAUAUGUGGCCGAGAAAUGUCGGGAAUUCGGCCACAUAUAUUUUUUGUUUGAAUUUUUUGAAAAGUUUCAAAAAAUGCUCAUAAUCUCUGGGUGAAAACGAAUGAGUCAUAAUUUUACAGGAUGAAGAAUUUGAAAAAGCCGCCGCAAACAUUCCAAAUCAACUCAACGAUGAAGACGAAAAAGGAUAUCCUCCGCCUUGCUCCAAAAAUCCUAAAAAUCGCCAAACGCCACAAGGCAAUGGAGAAAUGUCGAAGACAGCCGAAGAGAACGAAACGCUCGCCAAAUUCUUUUCGGGCAAAAAGUCGUUGACUCCCGAAGUUUUGGCGACACUCGAUGGUGGUCUCGAUAAAAUCAUUGAUCAUCUUCAUAAGAAUAAUUUGGCGAUUGAUGAGGAGACGAAACGAAUUAUUAAACAUCGCGAUAAAUUGAAGGCGGCGAUGAUGAAGGAGUUUUUGGUGUCUCCACAGUAUUUGCCGAAGAGUUGGACAGCUAAAUUUAAUCGUAAGUUUUGCAAACGUGCAAAAUUUCCUUGCUAGAAAGAUAAUUUUCAGAAUGGAAAAGUGAGGCUGAAAAUCAGAAAAAUGGUGUAAACUGGUUCCGAAUUCUAUUCGCCUAUCCAAAACAUAAAUCAUUUGAUGAUGGACCAGAAGACAUAUUUGGAAAUUUUAAUAAAAGAGAUCGAGGGCUUUUGAUUGGCCUUAUUCUUGGACCUGGAGAUGUCAAAUCAUUUGAGGAAACUAAACAGGAAGACGAUUGUCAGGGAAUGUUCCUUGAUACAAAAUUGAUUGAGCACGCUGGAAAUGAGCCGGAUUUGACGAGUGCAACGAAGACUUAUGUGAAUUUGGAGAAAAUGGAGAAGUAAGCGUCGGAGCCGAAAAUAUCGGCGAAUUUGAAUAAUAAUAAAGAGAAAGCGGAGAAUGAGAAGAAAAAAGAGGAUAUGAAGGAUAAAGCCAAAUAAAAAAGUUUGUGGUUUUUAAUUUUUUGUAUGUAUUUUCUCCGUAUUUCUCCUGUUUUCUUAACAUGUUAAGAAAAAUACAUGAUAAUGAAGAAAAAUUUGGGCGUAUCAAAAAUUGCUGACAAGGGAAGUGCAUAAGGUUAGGUUUUGAACUUUUUUUGCAAUUUAGUACACAAUUGAAGCGAUUUGAAGCAAAAAUCACUUCAAAAUCACUAAUUUAUCAAUAAAACUCCUCCUGUUUUUUUCUCCUCCUGUUUUUUUGGUUGAGAAAUUAAUCCGAAUAGCCCCAUAACUAAAUCGAAUAUGAAGAAGUCUUGUAGAAUUUCAAAUAUUCUAGCAAUUGUCGAAUUUUGUUCACCUCGCAUUCAAUGAUUCGAAAUGGUUUGAAUUUGAAUUAUGCAAUAAUUAUGAAACAACAUCGAUCAAUUAUUUAA